GGCGGGUUCCGUGGGCUGGGUUCCUCAGUGCCAUCCCCGCCCUCCUCUGGAUCGUUGGUGCGUGGAGCCUAGAGCCAGUCGCGCUUCCGCCACAGAUUGGACUGCCGAGCUGCUCGUUUUCCCACGGCUCACUCGAGCGUGUGCGCACCUCCGCGGCUCUCCAAGGAAAGCGGACUAAAGUUGUUUCGGUCAUUUUGAGGGGUCCACUUCGGCAAAGGGAGCCGCUGAUACACCCGUCAGCCGCCCCGCUCCAUCCUCCUGCAGAGGCUUUGUGGUGCCAUGAUGAAGAAAGUUGGGGGAGUUAUUCUCUUCUGCCUGCUGCUAUUAUGCAUCCAGCUUGCAGCAGGAAAUGGUAUCAGCCGACCAGGGAAACCUACACUUACCAGAUGUCGCUCCCCAGAAAAAGAGACCUUCACCUGCUGGUGGGAGCCAGGCCCUGAAUUCGGCCUUAAAACCACCUACGCCUUGUACUACCGCAAAGAAAACUCUGAGAUUGUGUACGAGUGUCCCGACUACAAAACGGCCGGCGUGAACUCCUGCUUCUUCAGCAAGAACGACACGUCCAUCUGGGUGAACUACAACAUCACUGUUGUGGCCACCAACGAGUACGGAAAGACGUCUUCCGAUCCUGUUGACAUAGAUGUCGUCUACAUCGUCAUGCCCAAUCCUCCGGAGAACGUGACAGCGAGUGUCAUGGCGGACAAAGACUGGCCCUUCCUUCGAGUGUCAUGGGAACCCCCCAAAAAGGCCGACACCCGCUCGGGUUGGAUCACUCUCAUCUACGAGGUCCGAAUCAAGAUGGAGAACGAGGACAACUGGGAGAAGCACCUUGCAGGCCAGCAGAGGGUAUUCAACAUUUUCAGCCUGAGGUCAGGUGGUAAAUAUCACAUCCAGGUUCGCUGCAAACCUGAUCAUGGCUUCUGGAGUGAAUGGAGCCCCUCGGUCGACGUCACAGUUCCUGAGUAUUUACCACGAGAAAAGUCAAUGUGGAUCCUCUUCGUAGUCUUUUUGCCCUUCGUCAUCUUCAUCAUCACCUGGCUGAUGUACUUGAAUAUUCACAGGUAAGA